AUGGUUAGAAAGGUCAAGGGUAACUUUGAACGAUCAAUCAUCGUUGGCUCAAUAUCACAUUGGCUGGGGAAGAAGGCUGAUGGUCAUACUCAUACUCACAAGUGGUCUGCCUACAUCAGAGGCAUCAACAAUGAGGAGUUGCCCUUUAUCAAGAAGGUUGUCUUUCAUCUACAUGCAAGCUUCAAGAAUCCAAACAGAGCUGUAGAGUCACCACCGUUUGAGAUGAGCGAGACAGGCUGGGGAGAGUUUGAUCUUGGCGUUACACUAUACUUUGCAGACCCUGCAGAGAAGCCUUUAGACCUCUUUCAUCUUCUACGUCUUCAUCCUCCCGAUGGAAUCAAGACAAAGCAACCUGUCGUCUCAGAGACAUUGGAUGUCAUACUAUUCCGCGAUCCUACAGAGUCAUUCUAUCAAUUGAUAAAGCUACCAGAGAAGCCUCCCGAGCAAUCAAAUCAUGCUCUCAAACUUACUGAGCAGAAACUUACAUUACAGGAACAAACAGAGAUAAACAAACUAGUGGACAGUAGAACAAAGAUAAUAGGACAAGUACAAAAGUAUAGGGAUCAGGCAAAGAGUGAAGAUAACGAUGCACUACAGCUGUAUCAACAGGUGCAACAACUAGAGAGGAAGAAGUUAAUAUAUCAGAAGAAGAUGGAGAAGUACAAUCAGAUGAAACAACAACAGCAACAAAUUGUAGAUAUAGGUGGAAAUGGUGUUGUCAUGACAAAGGCAACAUCAACGACAACGACACCAAUGGACAUUACUCAUUCAAAUACAACAAUCAUCUAA